CAGCGCUGUAAAGUCUCAUCUCCCUUCUUUCCAUUUCUCUGCAAAUGAAAUCACCUCCACCUGCCGGCUGAAGCUCCCACGGCUGCGAUUCUUAUCAAUCACCGCCAAUCCCGCCGUCGAUCCUCUCUGAACUUCUGUCGGAUCCGGAUCCGGAUCCAUAGGUCUCGCCGCUUCAUCCAUACAAAACCAAUAUGUCGUGCUUGGCCCUCUCUCUCCAACCUGCCAACGGAUCCGACAUCCUUCUUCAAACCCGAGAGUGGUUCCCUCCUGCCCGUGCCCUAAUUGCCCUCCAUGCCUUCCGACAAACCCGUUUUGCCUUCUCCAACAAGUCCCCUUCCUCCACCGCCGCCGCUACCUCCUCCUCCUCUGAUCCUAGUUCUGCCACUGAAUCCAUCGGCGACGACCCGCUCUCCGCCUCCAGUGGCCAACUAAUCGUCGGAGUGGAAAGUAAGUAUCGUGUUGUUUACCGUCUCGUAAACUCUAUCUACGUCCUCGGAAUCACUACCGCUGAUCAUGACAAUUCGAUCAACGUAUUUGAGUGCAUCAACAUCGUUAAUCAAGCAGUUAGUGUCAUCGUCACGGCCUGCCGUGGAGUUGAUGUCACCCCAGAAAAGCUCGCCCGGAAAUACGCCGAGGUUUACAUGGCUCUCGACAUCGUCCUACGUGGAGUCAGCAACAUCCGUCUUGCUGCCAUGCUUUCCUAUAUGCACGGCGAGGGGCUCGCCAAGAUGGUCCAUUCUGGACUCGACACUGAAGCCAAGAUCCGUGGUGCUGACACAUGGCCUGCCGUUGAGCUCCAUUCCGCCGAACACCAAUCCAACAUUGAAGCCUUUUCGAAUGCGAAUUUCGAAUUGCCUCCGGAAACUCUAGCGGCAGGCGAUCAGAAAGCUUCAACUCUUGUACCUCAGAGUACACUCGAGCAAGACGAGAAAAUGAUUAAAGGAGAGGAAUUAGAAGCAGAAAAAGAUCCUUUUGCUGCGAGUGAGGCCAUAAAUAAGCAAGAAGAUUUAGUUGGAGGGUUCAAAAAGGCAAAGGAUCCAUCAGCUAAUGAUUUAACAUUGGCGUUGGCAGGAUUAGAGGUGACUACAUUGCCUCCUGCUGAAGCAACCCAGUCUACGGAUAUUACUGUUGAAGGGUUUGAGGGGAAAUAUGGAGGAAUUGAGUUUGGCAGUGAACAGACUACACUUGGAGAAGCUUUUGAAGGGUUUAGUGAUGCUUGGGGUGGAGGCUUGGAUGCUUCUGAGUUUUUGGAAAAUAAAAAGGUUAAGAAACAGGAAGGGCUUAGUGGGCUCGAACUUUUGCAAACUGGGGAUAGUACUGCCCCUCCAAGUGCCGCCGUUACUGGUGCUGAUGGUGGAAAGUCUCUUGAGAAUCUUUUGGUGAAGACGAUUGAGAUGAAAGGUCCCGAAAUGUAUAUUUCAGAAGAGAUCAGUGCCGAGUUUAGGGAAUCAUUGCUGGGUAGGGUUGGAUUAAUGGGUGUGGUUUACUUGAAAACAAUGCCCCCUAAAGUUUCGGGUGAUAAAGAUACUGAGUUUUCAUUUCGUGUUGAAGGAACAAGUUCGGUUAAGAGGUUUGUUAUGCAGAGUUCGCGGGUUAGUAGCCUAGGGAAUGGAAUGUUUCAUGUUAGAACUGCCCCAUCUGAGGAGCCUAUACCUAUAUUGAAGUAUAGUUUGUUACCUAGGCUGACACCAUUGCCUUUGAGAGUUAGAUUGAUUAAGCGUCUUAGUGGGACAUUACUUUCGGUGAUGAUACAGUAUAUUUCAAAUCCCGAGUUACUUGCACCAUUGACUGAUGUAACUUUUGUUCUGAAAUUGCCGGUUGAUCCAACAUUGUUAAAGGUUUCACCUAAAGCUGUGUUGAACAGAUCAGAGAGAGAACUGAAGUGGCAUGUGCCUGAAAUUCCACUAAAGGGUACUCCUGGCAAGUUGAGGGCGAGGAUGCCUUUGGAUUCUGGUGACAUUGAUGAAGAACUAGAAGUUGUUGGUUAUGUAAAAUUUUCAGUGCAAGGAGCUACUUCAUUAUCUGGGGUCUGUCUGAAGCCUGCUUCUGAAGGUAAGACAGAUUUUUAUGAGGUGAAUCAUCGGUAUCAGAGUGGGGUUUAUAUUUGCAAUUGAACUCUGAUAAGAUUGUUAUUUCCAUAAAAAAAAAUUUGUGGUUUUCUUUUAAUAUUCCUUUUUGAGGCGAUAUGUGAUUUAGUCACUUUUUUUAGAAUUACUGGAUGUUGUGCUUGUAAUCUAGAACAACUUAUGUGAAAGCUUCUGUUUCUUAUUGUUGACCAUUAAUUUUCCACUGGUGGCUUGUGAAAUAAUUAUUGUAUCAAUUUGCAUUUUGGAUUC